AUGGUUGAGACUCGAGAUAGGGGAGGGAGACUCGCUGGCUCUGGCGAACAGAGACGACGAAGGGCAGUUUGGCCAGGGGAGGUAGACUCGGUGGAGUUUCUCGAUCCCGUCCUCCUCGCGGUCGCCAGAGGCAGGGCUGGCUGGAGCAGACGAACGACGGUCGAGCCAGGGGAGGGAGAGUCGGCGGCAUUCUCGGGCAACCAAGCUCGUUGUCUCGCUGCCGUCACCGAUCGCCAGACUCCAAGAUGCAGCGGUGAGCUAGAGAAGAAGAGCAGUGGCGGGUUGAGAACUGGAGAGGAGAAGAAAGCUUCUUCGAUUCUUGAAUCGUGCUAG